GUCUGUGACGAGUCUCUUACUGGUCUGUGACGUGUCUUUUACUGGUCUGUGACGAGUCUUAUCAUUCUGUAACGAGUUUCUUGCUGGAGUCUUUGACGAAUUUUGUUAUCACUCUUUUGAAUUACGUUUCUCUUACAACUCUUGAUUUAUAUUAAAGAUGACAUGUACAGCUAGAACACAUCCAAAGUUUUACGAUUCGCGGACUUGUGGCAUAAUUUCCGUUUUGGGUAUUCUCUGUCAUUUAAUUGGAAUAACUGUGCCGUACUGGUAUUAUGAGCGUCACGUGACACCAUAUGGAUUGGAAACUUAUUAUUAUGGACUUUGGAAAGGAUGUUCGGUUAUUCCUGGACUACAAGACAAAUGUUUCAAUCACGAUGCAGCACAAAAACCAUAUAUUCAUAUUGCCCAAGUCUUGUCAGUUGCUGGGCUACUUAUGUAUUUUUUGGGUGUAUUGACAAUAAUCGUGAAGAUUUAUCUGUUAAAAGAAAGGACAUGUUGUUUGCUUAUUAGUGCUGGGUUUUUAUCAAUAGCAGGUUUUCUAUGUUUGUCUGGAUUAAUGAUUUGGAUUAUAAGUAUGCCAGGCUUUUUUAUUAGUGAAUAUUUGGGAUGGUCGUUUCUAUUGGAGGUUGUGUCGGUGGUAUUAGCAAUAGCAGCAUCAGCAGUCAUCACACAGGGAAAUAUUUCUCAGUGCAAAACAAACAUUAGAGCAUCGUGUAUCACAUGAUCGAAAAACACGCCAAAAUCAUGUGAUCGGAACGUUUCGGGAUCUUUCAUCUGCAUUGGCUAUCCAACAUUAAGCUUACUUCUAGCUAGACUGGUACCCAACACUACCUAAUAGAAAAUCCUGUAUAUUCCCGACCGAAAGCAUACCGAGGGAAACACAUAAA